AUUAUCAAAACUCGAGAACAACAAAUAAAUUUUAAUAAUAAGUAAAUAGUACUCGAAUUCUAAACUUGGGAAGCUAUAAAAAUAACAUUUCACAUCAAGUAAUGCCCGGUGUUCUAAAACGAAUGCAAUCAGUUUUUGUCAUGCUCUCUAAGCAGUCGCACAAAGCCGAAACACACACUCUUAAUUAGUGAGGAGAAAAUAAUAAAACAAGUGAAAGAAAAAAAAAACACAACAGAUAAUAAAAACAAAUUUCUACAAAGAACUGUCAAAAAUUUCAAUAAAAAAACCAAACUGUGGAAACCAAAACGUGUGUAAAUAAACAAUAAAGCCAGCGUUUAUUCCAGAAAUUCAUCAGGUAAAGUCAAUCAAAAACUCAAACGAAGCUUUUGAAAGAACCGGACGAUAGGGCACAUCAACGCUAUCACAGUACAUCGAACAACAAACCGUCAUCUUCAUCAGCCACAACAUCAUUAGUGGUGGUGCAUCAACAACACAGAACAUCAUUGUCCGUCGUCGGUUUAGCCGAGAAUAAAAAAAGUCCGGAAAUUCUACAACCAAGCAAUAAAACCAAAUAGAAAGAUGUCCACCUCCGCCUCCAGCUCUUUGCUAACCGCAAAGCUACCAACAUUCGAAGAGAUUCUAGAAGCGGCCAAAGAGACAUUUCGUCAAAAUUUUGGCCAAGAGCCAGAAUUAGCCUGCUGUGCACCGGGACGUGUUAAUUUGAUUGGUGAACAUGUUGAUUACAAUGACGGUUAUGUUCUGCCCAUGGCCCUUCCAAUGGUUACGGUCAUUGUUGGCGGUCAACGGCCGGGAAAUGAAGUCGAUUUAAUUACUUGCUGUGCCGGUGCUGAUGAUCCAAAGCAUGUUAAAUUUUCAUUAACGGACUUGCAACCUAGCCAAAAACCAAAAUGGGCUAACUAUGUUAAAGGUGUAAUCCACAGUUUUAUGGCAAGCGUUGGCGUACAACUUGCAAAUGGUUUCCGUGCGGUCAUUGUGAGUAAUGUGCCUGUGGGGGCUGGUUUAUCGUCGAGUGCUGCCAUUGAAGUGGCCACAUUGACAUUCCUCGAACAUUUUACGGGCCAUGCAGUUGAAAGUGACGCCGAACGAGCUCUAAUUUGCCAAAAAGCUGAACACAAGUUUGUUGGUAUGCCAUGUGGAAUCAUGGAUCAAAUGAUUUCGGUAGCUGGACAAAAGGACUUUGCCCUGAAACUGGAUUGCCGCUCGUUGGAAACAUUCCAAAUUCCAUUUGUUGCCGGCGAAAAGGAUCUGGUGGUUUUAAUUUGCAAUUCAGAUGUGCGGCAUGAGUUAUCCGACAGUGAAUAUCCAACAAGGCGCAAACAAUGCUCAGAGGCACUCAAGUUAAUGGGACUAAGGAGCUAUAGACAUGCAACAGAAGGCAACUUGUCAGAUUUGAAGAAAACCAAAUGUGAGGAAGUUCUGGUGAAACGUGCACGUCAUGUUAUUACGGAAAUUAAACGAACCCAAGAUGCAGCCGAGGCAUUGAAAAAUCAUGACUUUGCAAAGAUGGGAGAACUAAUGACAAAGUCACAUAUGUCACUACGUGAUGAUUUCCAAGUAUCCUGCAUAGAAUUGGAUGUUCUUGUUGAUGCGGCCAUUAAUUGCUCUGGCGUUCUGGGAUCACGUAUGACUGGCGGUGGCUUCGGUGGCUGCACCGUAACACUCCUGCAACAGAGUGCCGUUGAUAAUGUUAUUACCACAAUGCGUGAGGAUUUCAUCAAGAAAUUCAAUAAAGACGCUGCAAAAAAUAUUGAAUUCUAUAUUUGUACACCGAGUCAAGGAGCCAGAAAAGUUCAUUUGUAAUCAACUCCAUGGGAGAUGAUGCAAUGCGUGUUCGUGUCCGUUGCCAUGUCCAUGCGGUAUACGAUCGGAUGGUGAUGGUGAUGGCAGCAAAAAAAAAAACCUCGAGUGUAACAUAAAUUGAUUGAACAUGACCAUGGUGAACGGACAAACGCAAAGCACACAAGUGAACGGAAAGAAAAACAACAAAAAAAAAUGUAUGGAGAACAGGAAACGGAAAUGGGGAUGUUCGCAUUAGAAGUUAAAAUUAAAUGGUAAAUAACAUUGUAGUCCAGUGUAAGAUAAUAUUGUAGAACUUGAUAUCAUCAAUACAUCAAUAAACACACGCAUUUAAUAAGAAAAUAAAACGAAAA